AUGAGGAUCCAAUCCCUGAAUAUGACAAAAAAUCAAGAACCAGUAAAGAGUAAGUCAAAACCAUUUUCACGAUUUAUCCCUAAUGAAACCUCAGCAUUAUCGGUGUCAAUUCCCAAAUCAAAGGCGAAAGGGAUUAAAACAAAAAGACCCUGCACAUUUUGUAAUAAAGAUCAUUGGGAUAAUGAGUGUCAGGUUUACUCAACAGUAAAACAAAGGACGAAACGUUUGAAGGAAUUAAAGGCCUGUUUGAACUGCUUUGAUAAUAGUCACAAGACGACGGAUUGUAAAAGCAGAAAACGUUCCUGUUUUUACUGCAAAGGCCCUCACAACACAGCACUAUGCGAAGAGAAGUAUCAAGGGCAUGACGAAUCAAAUAAAGAAGAAGCCAAGUCCGUGAACGUCAAUAUUACAAACAAAAACCAAACGGAUCAAAGGGAAAAAGAAGUUUCACUUCUAUGCAGAAAAAUCAAUGUUAUCAAUCCAGUUAAUCAGGAGAUUCGAAGCGAAGCUAUAGUAGUCUUCGAUACUGGUGCGCAAACAUCGUUUGUCUCAAAAAAAUUGGCGCAAAAAUUGAAAUUAGAGGUUGGUGAAAGUGGAGUCAUGAGGAUUGCCUCAUUCAGCAACAAAUACUCAACUUCAUCUCCGUACUAUACAACGUUUAUUGGAGUAAAAACCACUGACUCCCAGACGAUAUUCCUCAAAGUGAAGGUGAUAGAAUAUUUAACCAACUCACUGCCAGUAAUUCCAUUAGACCAACUGGACAUACCAAACAGAAGUUUAAGAUGCGUAGAACGCCCCGAUAUACUCAUCGGAGCUGACUACUUCUCUCAGUUCAUCCCAUUUAAACAAUGCCAAGUUAUAAGAUCAGGAUUUUCCUUGAUAAAUACUAAGGUUGGUCCGAUAUUAGCUAGCAGUGGAGAUGCAACAAGGCCACCUAAAUUCACUGGAGUAACAACUAUAUCAAACUGUAAAGAUAUUACGCCAACAUCCGAAUGGCCACAAAGAACACCAACAACUGUAUCCGUCAAUAGUAUUACCACAGACAUAGACCGCUUCUGGAAAUUAGAAGUUAUCGGAAUACAGGACAAACCUAAUGACGAAGAUAACGAACAAGCCUUAAACCAAUUUAAGGACAGCAUUACGAAAAUCAAUGGACGGUAUCAGGUGUCAUGGCCAUAG